AAAACCGAAACACUAAUAAAGCGGACUAAAUCGUGUCAGUGUCGCGACUCGGUUCUCUUCUUUUCUAAACCCUUUUUUUUUCCUCUUUCCUUUUGGUUCUAUUCCUUUCCAAAGGAGAGCUCUGAGAAAGAACACACCACCGUUUUCUCAAACAGAGUGAGAAAGAAAAAAAUUUCCAAAGAUGUUAGCUAUUUUAAGGCGAAAAAUCGCUUCUGAAGGCUCUAAUGCUUCUUCCACUAUAGGGCAGUCUUUGCAUAGAUUACGCCCAUCCGCAUCUUCUGCAACAAGAAGUUACACAGCAGCAAGCAAUGAGACCCUACUUCUUCGAAGAGGAUCUAAGUAUGUGCAGAACUUCAGUUGCCAGAUUUUACCUGGUACUACAGUUACUUCAAAGUCUAUGAGGGAGCUUGGCUGUUUACUUCAAAAAGAUUCAAAGCUUCAAGGGUGGACUAGGUCAUUCUCUUCAGAUAAUGGUGACCUUGUUGAUGCUGUUGUCCCUUUCAUGGGAGAAUCUAUUACAGAUGGUACUCUAGCAGCUUUCUUGAAAAAACCUGGUGAUAGUGUUCAAAUCGACGAGCCAAUUGCUCAAGUUGAAACCGAUAAGGUAACCAUCGACGUCGCUAGUCCUGAAACUGGAGUUAUCCAGAAGUUUGUAGCCAAAGAAGGUGAUACCGUAGAACCAGGGACCAAAAUUGCAGUCAUUUCAAAAUCUGGUGAGGGUGCGAACGUGACACAUGUUGCUCCAUCCGAGGAGAAGAAUACUGUUAAAGAGACGCCAAAGCCAUCACCUCCUGCAGAAAAGGAGAUAAAGCCUUCCGUAGAAACUGUUGUUGCCAAGGACAAACCUAAAACACCCUCCCCAGCACCAUCUAGAACUUCAGCUACAGAACCUAUUCUUCCUCCCAAGGAAAGGGAAAGAAGAGUACCAAUGACAAGGCUUAGAAAGAGAGUUGCUGCACGGCUGAAGGAUUCGCAGAACACGUUUGCUUUGUUGACCACGUUUAAUGAAGUUGAUAUGACUAACCUGAUGAAGCUUCGUUCUGAAUAUAAGGAUGCCUUUGUAGAGAAACAUGGAGUCAAGUUGGGAUUUAUGUCAGGGUUUGUUAAGGCUGCUGUCAGUGGUCUCCAGAAUCAGCCAAUUAUCAAUGCAGUCAUUGACGGCGAUGAUAUCAUCUAUAGAGACUAUGUUGAUAUUAGUAUUGCUGUUGGUACUCCAAAGGGUCUGGUUGUUCCAGUUAUCCGGGACGCCGAAAAAAUGAAUUUUGCUGACAUUGAGAAGGAGAUUAACAGGCUGGCAAAGAAGGCAAAUGAUGGUUCUCUGUCUAUCGAUGAGAUGGCAGGAGGCUCCUUUACCAUAUCCAAUGGUGGUGUAUAUGGAAGCCUUUUAAGCACUCCCAUUAUCAACCCUCCACAGUCAGCUAUCUUGGGUAUGCAUUCGAUCGUGAGCCGUCCGAUGGUAGUUGGCGGCAACGUUGUUCCAAGGCCAAUGAUGUACAUUGCACUGACAUAUGAUCACCGACUGAUUGAUGGGAGAGAGGCAGUUUUCUUCUUACGUCGUAUCAAAGAUGUCGUUGAGGACCCCCGCAGACUUCUCCUCGACAUAUGAAUGCACACAACAGAUGUUUGUUGGUAUUAUAAUGAUAAAACAGAAUAAGCCUAUCAUAUGAAAACCAAAAUUUUGAAUCCUGUUUAUUUAGAUCCUUAGCAGAUACUGAAAUCGCGGUCUCCACCAUGGUUAUAUUUGCAGCGAGAGACUACAAAUUCAUGGUGUACUUGAAAAACUCGGUACAGAGUUUUGUUAUUCUUUCUGUUUAAGUUUGAGUUCCAGUUUGUAUGGGAAACUCCCAGAUUUGAUGGCUACGCUGCUCUUACAAGAUCUGGUUUGUAACAGAUUGAUGUUAUUAAUCAGAGCUGCUUCUUUUAAUCUCGAA